AUGCCUAACCAAUACAAACCGACCUCGCCUCUCGACGAGAUUGCACCCCAUAUACUUCGCUUAUGGAAGGCAUGUCUGACAGAUAAACAGAUCGUGGACGCCUUACAGAAACAUAUCGACACUGAACGUUUUGGAAUAGGCCUCACCAAAUUUGUGCAGGUUCGUAUUGGAAUGGGCCUUCAACGAACUCGUCAGCAAGGGCAUAGCAUCGAAUCUAUUCGCGAAGCUAUGCUUGAGCUACGACCAAUAUAUCCCAAUGCCGGAGCGAGGGAAAUGAUCAGUCUACUGUUCCAUGAAAAGGGCAUGUGCAUAGCCAGGACCGUCAUACGAGCAUACUUUGCUACUUACGAGCCCGAACUUGUUCGUGAGCGGAAAGCACGACGUCUGAAGAGGAAACGUUUUUGGGCUGCGGGGGUCAACGAUUUAUUUGCUGUAGAUCAGCAUGAUAAAUGGCUAAGAUUUGGCCUCGCUCUUCAUACUGGAAUCGGAGCCCCUUCAGUGACAAAUUCCGUAUUAUACGGGCCACCCGACCUACAUAAUAUCCCGUAUGAGACGGGCCAGCGGAUUAUGGGCCCAUGUUGUGUAUAUUCUCGAUGA